AUACUUUUAUUGACAAAAUUGGUGAUUUAUGGUGAUGAUAAAUGUGUUUACAAGCAUUAAGAACUUUCCUUGACUCUUUAAUUACAAAUAAACUAUAUAUUCAGACUCCAUAGCUCUAAAUUAUUGAUAUAUUUGAACUUCUCUCUUCCUUGUUAACAUUAAGAUGAGCACUACCUCUCCAUUUUUCUCCCUUUCAGUCAUUGCUAUUUUGCUCAUAUCUCUAACAGCUUUUGGGGCUAAUACUCUUCACCCCGACGAAAAGAAAGCUCUUGAAGAUAUAGCUAUAUCACUUGGUAAGAAGGAUUGGAACUUCGAUAUUGAUCCCUGCAGUAACAAACCUGAUAUUACAAAUUCAAAUAACAAUGUCACCUGUGACUGCUCUGUUUCCGGUGAUAACUUCUGCCAUGUUAUUUGGAUAAUUUGGAAAGGGCAAGAUCUCCCGGGCACUCUCCCGCCCGAACUCACCAGGUUGCGUUAUCUUCAAACUAUUGACCUUUCUCGUAAUUACUUGCAUGGUACAAUUCCGAAACAAUGGGGCUCCAUGAUGAAUAUUAGUAAAAUUGCCCUCCUUGGAAAUCGAUUAACUGGUUCAAUACCAGUGGAGAUUGCAAACAUAUCUACUCUCCGAGUCUUGGAAUUGUGGAACAACCAAAUGUCUGGAAAUCUUCCUCCCGAGCUCGGAAAUUUGACCCAGAUUCAAACACUAGGUAUUUCUUCCAACUAUUUUAGUGGAGAACUACCUGCGACAUUGGCCAAGCUCACUACAUUGCUACAAUUCCGAAUUGAGGAUAACCAAUUCUCUGGAAAGAUACCUGAUUAUAUUCAGAACUGGACAAGUAUUACAAAACUAAUGAUUCAAGGAAGUGGACUAAAGGGGCCUAUUCCUUCUGGAAUUUCACGUUUAAGAAACUUAACUGACUUGAGAAUUAGUGAUUUGGAAGGACCUGAAGAUGCACCUAUGCCACAACUUAAUAGUAUGACAAAGCUACACAUUCUUGUUCUAAGGAACUGCAACAUCACUGGAAAACUGCAAGAUUAUCUUGGGACUAUGACAUUAUUAAAACACUUAGACCUCAGCUUUAACAAGUUAAGUGGAACAAUUCCGAGAACCUAUGCUGCCAUGCAGAGUUUGAAUUACAUAUUUUUAACUGGAAAUCUUCUCACUGGCCUCGUGCCUCCUUGGAAACAUGAUGUUUACGCAGAUCUUUCAUACAAUAACUUCAGCAUCAGCCAAGGGAAUCAGAUAUGUCAAAAUGAUAAAGUGAACUUGUUUUCUACCUCAUGGGCACACAAUGACAUGGCAACAGUUUCGUGUUUGAGAUUUCCAUGUCCCAAACCCUCAUACUCCCUUUAUAUAAAUUGUGGUGGAAAGCGUGCAACAGUCAACAAAACAAGUUAUGACGAAGAUUCAGUCUUACCUGGACCAGCUAGAUCCCAAGUCAGCUCAAAAGGAAAUUGGGCAUUUAGCACCACUGGUGCAUUCCUAGAAAGUCAUGAACUUAGGGAAAGUUAUUCCCCUAAAGAUAUAGCUAAGCUUACUAUGGUGGAUGCUGAAUUGUACACUGAUGCACGUGUUUCUCCUAUUUCUUUGACUUAUUAUGGGUUUUGCCUGGCAAAUGGAAACUACACCGUAAAUCUACAUUUUGCUGAAAUAAUGUUCACAGAAGAUCAAACUUAUGCUAGUCUUGGAAGGCGUGUAUUUGAUAUCUACCUUCAGGGAAAUGCAGUGCAAAAGGACUUCAAUAUUGCCAAAGAAGCUGGAGGAGUUGGUAAGAAAAUCAUAAAACAGUUCAAUGAUGUUGUUGUUACUAGUAAUACUUUGGAGAUCCGCUUAUAUUGGGCUGGAAAAGGGACACAGUCUAUCCCAAUUAAAUCAGUAUACGGUCCUCUUAUAUCCGCUAUAUCAGUGAAAUCUGAUUCUCCACCUGGAAGCAUAUCUACAGGAGCUUUGGUUGGAAUUGUGGUUGCAGCAACAAUUAUUAUCAUUCUUGUUUUCAGUAUACUUUGGUGGAAAGGAUGUUUUGUAAAGAAAAACUCAUUGGCAAGAGAGCUGAAGAGUUUAGACCUACCAACGGGUUUAUUUACUUUAAGACAAAUCAAAGCAGCAACAAACAACUUUGAUAAUUCGAAUAAGAUUGGAGCAGGAGGAUUUGGUCCUGUCUACAAGGGAUGUUUAUCCAAUGGGAUAUUGAUUGCAGUCAAGCAACUUUCUUCUAAAUCAAGGCAGGGGAAUCGUGAGUUUUUAAAUGAGAUAGGCAUGAUUUCUGCAUUGCAACACCCUUAUCUUGUUAAACUCUAUGGUUGCUGUGUGGAGGGAGAUCAGUUGUUGCUGAUAUAUGAAUACUUGGAAAACAAUAGCCUUGCUCGUGCUUUAUUUGGUCCAGAGGAAGAACAAAUAAAAUUAGAUUGGUCUAUACGGCAGAAGAUUUGUGUUGGUAUUGCUAGAGGUUUAGCAUACCUCCAUGAAGAGUCAAGACUGAAGGUUGUUCACAGGGACAUCAAGGCCACUAAUGUGUUGCUUGACAAGGAUCUCAACCCAAAGAUAUCUGAUUUUGGUUUGGCCAAACUUGAUGAGGAGGAUAAUACUCACAUUAGCACUAGAAUUGCUGGGACAUAUGGAUAUAUGGCUCCUGAAUAUGCAUUGCAUGGGUAUUUGACAGACAAAGCAGAUGUCUAUAGUUUUGGAGUUGUUGCCUUGGAAAUCGUUAGUGGAAGGAGCAACACCCUUUAUCGGUCCAAGGAGGAAGCAUUCUAUCUUCUUGAUUGGGCACAUAUGCUGAAAGAGAGAGGCGACCUAAUGGAGCUAGUAGACAGAAGAUUAGGUUCAGAUUUCAACAAAAAGGAAGCUAUGGUGGUAAUCAAUGUGGCUCUCUUAUGCACCAAUGUGACUUCAAACCUUAGGCCGUCUAUGUCGUCGGUGGUGAGUUUCCUUGAAGGAAGGAAUGCAGUUCCAGAAUUUGUUUCAGAUUCAAGUGAAGUAAUGGAUGAAAAGAAGAUGGAAGUAAUGAGGCAGUAUUACUAUCAGAUAGAAGAAAAUAAGAUAACUAAGUCACCAUCACAAAGUCAGAGUUUAUUAAAUGACGGGCCAUGGACUGCUACAUCUUCAUCAGGUGUAGACCUUUAUUCUGUCCACCCUGAUUCUUCCUAUUGGGAGAAAAGAAAUUAAGACUGUUUGUAGAUAAAUAAUUGCAUUUACUAGUUUGAUCUCCAACCACUAUGUCUUGUGAUGAAACCGUAAUCCGAUAUCUUCAAAACUGAGUACUACUUCCGCCCAUAUUUAUAAGCGGUUUGAAAGUUUUUACAUAUAUUAAAAGCGGUAAUAUAAUUCAUUAUGA